GGACGAGCACCUCGCCCUACACAACCGAGCAGGAAGCCAAGGCCGCCGCCAUUUUACAGGAGAAGAGAGAAGAAGGAGGCCAAGAAAAAGGCCUUGAUAGAAGAACAGGCGGCGAAGUUAAAAAGGAUUGAGGAGGAGAUGGCCAGAGAAAGAGAGAGGUUAAAGAAAGAAGAGGAAGAGAAGCUCCACGCGGUAGAAGAGGAAGAGGAGGUGGAAGAAACACCACUGGAAAGGCGAAGGGCAGGAGGAAGAGGAGAAUCCAGUGGCACGAAAGAGGCCCUAAUGGAGAAGAAGUUUACAGAGUGGGUUGCUGGAUUAUCCCUGGGAGAAGAUGAGGAGGCCUUAAUGUAUGUGCCCAGGGAAGAACAGGAGGCGGCCAUGAAAGAGUGGGAUGCUGAAGAAGACCCACUCAAGCGGCAGGUUUUGGAAAAUGAGAAAAGGAUGGAGUGGAAGUUUCGUCUGACAAGGGAAAGGAAAAGAAGGAUGGAGGCAGCGAGUCAGGCGGCGAGGGAAUUGGAGGAGAUAAAGAAGCAGAGAGAUCAAAUGGCGACGCAGGAGGAUUUAUUAGGGAAGGUGGAAAUUAUGGCGAGGAACAUAGAGCGCUUGGCACGAGUCCAGGAAGAACAAUUUCUAUUUGGUAGAAGUCAAUACAUUGUCGUGCGUUCUAUACGAUUGGGGCUCAGAGAUUUCGCGCGGGAACUGGCGACACAGGUGGGCUCUGAAGUGAAGGCCCGCCUAGACAGCACAGAGCGCUAUUGCACGGGUGCCAUAAAGGGCGCCAGACUGACCGCUCCCAAAGAGGAGGAAGCACGUCCCCGUAGGGAGCAUGUCAAAGUAAAAUUCCCCGAUUCCUACAACGGGAGGGAGGAAAACUUUGACAAUUGGGAGGCCAAUGUUAAGACCUACGUGCAUCUGCAAAAGGUUUCCCCAGAUGAGCAUGUUUUGAUAGCUAUACACGCCUUGAAGGAAGAAGCCGCCAGUUUCGCUCGUUCCCUGGUUCGCGCUCCUAAUUGCAAUGACGAUCUAACGUUUCGCGCAGCGUCAAAGCCUCCGACAGGCUGCAAACCAUCUGAGUGCGUUAUGGACGAGUUAGUUGCAGUCCCUGACCAUGGGGUCACAGAGACCCAGUUGGUCAACCUCUUCUACCGGGCUAUGCCCGAGUCGUUGCGCGGGCACUUCUUUGAGAAGAGCCAGCAGCCCACCAUGACCUAUGACGCAUUGAGCAGGGAAGUGGUGGCGUUUGAAGCAAGGUCCAUGUCAGUCUCCACUUUCUGGCAUAAGGACUUGGACAAGGGUAAAAAGUGGAAGGGUCGCACUAUCUCCGGACAGGACACUCCCACACCACACGAGCCUAUGGUAGAGGUUGCGGGCCGGUGCCUAGAUAGCUGUCCAGAGACUGCUUGUGCUAGGGUCUCUCUAGGCACUUCCCUCAUAGGCGUGGCCGAUGAGCUGAAGGAGAGAAUGCCCGCCUGGGCCAAGAUGAAGAAGGAGAGUAGAGGACAGUUGGUUCUAGUAGACGUAGAGGUUUUCAGAGGUAGAGUAGGGGCCCUAGUAGAUAGUGGGGCUACGCGCAGCUACAGAAGUAGAAAGGCGCUGGAGAAGCUGAAGUUGGGGCUGAAAGUCCAAAAGUUAGCAGACCCCAUAGUGAGUAUCCUCGUAGGCAACCGCACAAUGCGAGUAGAGGAUUAUGUAGAGGGAGUCCAAGCAUACUUUCGCCUAGAGAAAGAUGGGAAAGUGGAGAAAGUUCUCCAUUCCCUGACUCUCCUCGUAGAGGACAACCUUCCUUUUGAUAUAGUCCGAGGGAUGGACUGGGGAGAGGCAGCGAGGGCCACACUCCAUUUGAGAGAGCACGAGUGUAGGCUCCCUAGUUCGUCAGGCAGAGUCAAGACUGGCCGUCUGUUUCAUGUGUCAGGAGUAGAUAACUCCCUAACACAUUGCUGCCUUAGCGCUCCUGCGUUCGCAAGAUUAGUGAGGAAGGAGCAACUAGAGGAACAGGUCUUUAUAACCUAUGUUAGGCCAGUGACUGAGCCUAAGGAAGAGAAACCUAUAGACCCUCCUAUUGCCAAGCUACUGGAAGAGUUUACAGACUUAGCCAAGCCGCCAACAGUAGUAGUACCGUGGCCAAUCCAGCAUCGCAUCGAGAUAGAGCCUGGCAGUAGAACUCCUAAAGGAGCAGUGUAUAGGAUAUCCCCGUGGGAGUCGGAGGAGCUACGCAAGCAAUUAGACGAGCUCCUAGAGAAGGGUUGGAUUAGGCCCAGUUCAUCUCCAUUCGGAGCACCUGUCCUGUUUGUCCCCAAGAAGGAAGGAGAGCUCAGAGUGUGUAUAAACUAUAGGGGUCUCAAUGCGCUUAUAGUGAAGAAUGCAGAGCCACUGCCCCGUAUAGAUGAUCUCUUAGAUCGGGUGCACGGGUGCAAAUAUUUUUCGAAAAUCGAUCUAAAGUCCGGAUAUCAUCAGAUAGAGGUCCAUCCUGAAGAUCAAUACAAGACUGCAUUCCGGACUAGAUAUGGGCACUACGAGUUUGUCGUUAUGCCCUUUGGACUAACCAACGCACCAACCACUUUCCAGCGUUGUAUGAAUGACUUGUUUAGGCCGUGGUUAGAUAGCUUCGUAGUAGUUUACUUAGAUGAUAUUCUAGUGUUCAGUAAGACCCUCCAAGAGCAUGAGGGUCAUCUGAGGCACGUCUUGGAGAAAAUCAGAGAGGCUAACUUCAAGAUCAAUGCAAAGAAGUGCGAAUGGUCCAAGACCCAAGUUUCGUAUCUAGGCCAUGUCUUAGACGGAGACGACAUUAAGCCAGAAGACAGCAAGAUCGCAGCGAUUAGAGAUUGGCCUACACCCCGCACAUUGACAGAAUUGCGGUCGUUCUUAGGCCUAGCAAAUUAUUAUAGGAAAUUUGUGUGCAACUUCUACACCAUCGUUGCGCCCCUUCGCAGGUUGCUAAAGAAAGAAGCGAUCUGGAAGUGGGACAAGGACUGCACGUCUACCAUGAAAAAGUUAAAGCAGGCACUGAUAGAGUACCCGGUCCUUAAAGUAGCCGAUCCGUCCUUACCUUUCGUCGUCACUACUGACGCGAGCCAGUAUGGUAUAGGUGUUGUGCUACAGCAAGACGAUGGUAAUGGGUAUAGGCCCGUAGAGUUCAUGUCUGCCAGAAUGCCUUCAGAGAAGGUUGCGACAUCCACCUAUGAGAGAGAACUCUACGCUCUCAGGCAAGCGUUGGAACACUGGAAGCACUACUUGCUUAGGAGGCACUUUAAAGUUUAUUCAGACCACGAGACAUUAAGGUGGUUGAAGACUCAGGCCAAGAUGACACCUAAGCUGACUAGGUGGGCCGCAUAACUAGACCAAUAUGAUUUUGAGCUCAAGCCCGUCAAAGGGAAAUAUAACGUAGUUGCGGAUGCU